AUGUGCUGGAGUGCAAAGCCUCAUCAUGGGAGCAGAUGCGGCGGAGGCGGAGAUUGUUUCAGCAACAAAGUCCAGCCACGACCUGAGGGGCGGGACCUAGUGCUGGGAGGCGUGGCCAGAACGGGUCGCGCCGCCUUCCGAUUGGCCUCCUCCCCUGUCAAAACUCCUCCGAUACUCCGGGCAACCUCUCAGCUGAUUGUGACGCCGGGUUCUGAGUGCGGCGGACCGGCUGCUCCCUCUGUCCCGGCGGCGGCGGCGGACCGGCUGCUCCCUCUGUCCCGGCGGCGGCGGCGGACCGGCUGCUCCCUCUGUCCCGGCGGCGGCGGCGGACCGGCUGCUCCCUCUGUCCCGGUCGGCUCUCGCCUGCAGCCCUCCUCAGACCGAAGGGAACCGGCCGUGGUGUGUGACCAGCCCCGCCGGAUCACCGGUAAACCCUCCCCAGGUAGCGGGGUCUCCGCGGCUGUCUCCCACGGCGAACUUUGGUCUGUGACAUUAUAUUUUGCUAUGAUGGAAACUCUGGAAGAAUUUGACCAAGAGUAUCCUCUGAGUAAGAUGUUCUGUAAACGCAUGACUAAAGAAGAAUUUGAGAUCGAAGGACUGACUUACACAGAAAAGGCACUGCAGGACUUAUUUCACACCAUGGAUCAGAACCCAUUGCUGUGUGAGAAGGUGGUGCGCAAACGCAAACAAGCCGAACUGGAGAAGGCUGGGUUGAAGUCUUUUAUUAAGGCUAAAUUUUUUUCAGCUGUAGAUGGUCGGAUGAACCGCUGCAAUGCUGUUAAAAUGGAAGAGUUGCAAGAAAGACUCCAGUGUUUGAAGGAUGAGAUGAGGAAAGUGCAGAUGUAUGCUUGUGAGGCGAAAGGACAAAGAACUUCUAAGCGACUGGCUGAAAAGAGGCUGAGGGAGCAGGGUGAGAAUCCUACAAGCACAGGGUCCUCUCUACCUGCAUCUGCUGCUGUUCCGCCACCUCCACCUCCGCCUCCGCCACCAUUGCUCCCAUCGUCCUGUAAUCUGCCUCUUAAAACCCCCCUGAAAGACAAGUCCAUCCUCUGCACAAAAGAACAAAUGGUCUUGGCAACCCCAGAUCUGCUGGAGAGUUAUGGACUGGCCAGAUUGAAUCGACGUUCUAAAAGUAUUGGGGAUCUGAGAGACCCUGAAAGUGGCCACAGUCUUCAUCCUGUCAAAAGUAUCCAAUCUGAACUGCUGGCUGCAAACCAUUUUAAGAGGCUUCGAUCAACAGGGGUUGAGAGAUCUCCAGGUGGGACACCAUCCAAAACCCCCAGGAACAAGGCAGAACAAGGGGAUAUGAGCUCUCCUGCAUCUGCCUUUAAUGUGACUUUGUUAAAUAAGUUUCGAAAUACAAAGAGCCCUGUCGAGAGUGCUCCACGAUCUCCAACCACCAGUGACAGUGACAGCUCUGGAUUUGCCACCCCUCCAGGGAGCCCAUGAGAGAGGCAUCAUCUGUAACUUUCCCCCCCAAAUUACUGCCUCUAACCAAAGAAACCUGCUGAAUCAAGGAGUUGUGUUUUGGAAUUGGUCAAAAGUCCACAUCGUGGAGCCAAUCAUUAUUGCUGAACAUCCAAAAAAAAAAGUAAGGAAAAGAUCCUUAUUUUUAAGAACAGCAAGAAUGAGAUCAUCCUCAGGUAAUGCAGCAACAUCAGUCUUGUUCUACUUAAUAAAAGACAACAGUUACAUAACUCAGCGAGCAUUGCUAGUUUUCACAACAGCCUUAUUACUUCAUAGUACUUUAUGUAGUUCCAAGCUUUUAGUCUGCAAUGCUUGAUAUUUACCACCUUUUUGAGAACCUGGCAGCUAUGUAAAGAAAGAAUUUACAUCUGGAAAUGUCCCCACUUAAUUUUUUUACACUGUUUAUUAUAGUAAUUUUAUCCAGAGAUACAGAGCAUGAGAGGGAAUUUGGAUUUUGAAUAUAGCAAAACUUGAAAUGGAUGUGUACUAAACAGAUCUGUGAAAAAUCAUUCCCCAUGCCGUUAAAUCUCAAAUAACAUGAUUUCCAAACAAACUUAAAAGCAGUGAUUUUCAAACUUUGCUAUGAAGGGACCCAGCUUGUAUUUGAAACAUUUUCAUGGAUCCUUUCUUCUAAAUUUGAGGAAUGCCAUGGAAGUCUGGUUCUGGUGCCCUUUAGUGACGAAUGUAAAGUAGGAGGUGGGUCAAAUGUACCUCUAUUUUAUGCACAAAUUUUGCAUAAUGACUGCUCUGCUCUGGUCUGGAAGUGCUUUUGUACCCACUUCCAACUUUAGUCCCACACGUUGGGAAAUUGGACAACAAUUCCUGUUGCAAUUCUCCCUGAGCUGGCAUUGUUUUCCAACAAUGUCUCACACAAGUUCUGAUGUGGCUCAUUUUAAUUACUUAGUGACAGAAAUUGGAUCAAAAAGUUGCAAAUUAUGACCUUUGUAAACAACAUCACGCUGAAAGUGAACUAUGCAUGACCUAAAGUGACACCCCACCCCCAGGUCAUCCUUUUUAAUGUAAAGUAAAAAGUAUCCCCAACAGUUUUUAUUGGUAUCAGCAGACCUGGAAAGGCUGAGGCUUCUGUGAACUGGGAAAUAUAGUACAUAGAUCCCUUGAUCUGUGGACCCGAUCCUGCUGCUAACUGCUGCAUCGUUGUGAUUUGUAGGGGAUGCCUGCCAUGGAGAGAGCUUUUUAAAAGUGCUGACCCAUUUCCUAUCUAACAAGCUGCUGCUCCCUGAAAUGCACAGCUUGACUUUUAAUGAUCCGAAAGGGGAGAAACAGUAACAAGUAUGUCCCAAUUUUGCUAGUUUAGCAUUAGCACUACGUGCAUUUUACACUUAGAAUACCUGGUGCCUGAAGUCCAUUUUUCAGCAGUUGUUUAGAACAUCUGUUACUUUUUUCAUUACAGAAGCUAUAAAAUUGAUGUAAUAUACUAAAAUAAAUGGUUAACAUUUGUAAAAUCAACAGGUUCAUUUGGUUUGCUGAUAAGCUGUAAUUUUAAUAGAAAAACUGGCAGAAUCUGUGUGAUACCAAAGAUGAAUGUGCCAAAAGUGGAUUUUCCUUUUCUGUACAGCUUUGUAAGUUUGAGAGGGCUUAUCUGUGUUUUGUUUAUUAACAUAUUCUGCUGAUAUAUCUCUGCCAUCUGAAGUUUAAACUAUCAGACUAUAUCUGAUAGAGAUGAUAUGGAAGGAGAGUACUGAUGGCUACCAUGAGAAACAAGCUACUUCCCUCCCCCCCCCCCCCCCCCCACCCCCCCAGCUUUGAAGGGCAACUGAAAAGGAAACUGUUAUUUAAGAAUCUUCUGUCAUGAUGGGCAAUAAAACUAAACGUAAAUGCCUUUAAUCAGCUUUCCUGAAGCUUUUGAUGCCUUUCUAAGUGAACUUUAAUAUCCACUCUAAAUCAAAAUCUGUUUUUAUCUGUGUGGUUACACCGAAAUGUUUGGAAUGAAAUUUUAUAACCUGCAAUUUGGUUUUCAAUAUAUUCCAUCCACAUCAUUUCAACAGUUACCAAAAACCUUGAUAUUACAUCGGUGCCAAAUUUGUGCAGUUUUAUUAAUGAGACUCCUGUUCCUGAAUGUAUAACUUUAGUUUACAUAUUUUUGUCCACUCUGCCAGAUAUCAGAGAUGUUUCUUAUCUUCAGUUGCCAUACUUUGUACUGAUUUAUGUUCUGUCCACAAUCCUUGGGUUCCAAAAUUAUCGAUCAGUAAACUUUAAUAUUGUAUAUUUGCUGCUUUGCUGUAGUGCUAUCGGGUGUAUGAUGGUUCUUCUAUGAUGAGUCUCUUAUCCAAGUUGUGUUGUUGUGGAGUUGCUAAUCUAUUAUUGGGUGUCACGAUGGUGGAGUGGAGGAGAAGUAAACUGAGACCACCCGCUGUGUUUGCUCCUUGGUUAUUCAGUCAUAUAAGUAUUAGUGACGGUAUAAAAUGGUGCCGGAGGGGGUGGAUGGUGGGGAGAAGUGGGCUAGGGGUGAGAUAAGUGUCGCAUCACAGAGAGAGAUCAUUCACCCCACCAGUCAAUGAUGAUUACUCUCCAUGCAAGGAUAUUGUUCUGAUCACACUUACUCGUGCUUAUUUCAUAUUUCUAUUUCUCCAACAUGGAUAUUUACAUCCAUUCAUCCUGGAAGUUAAUUCAAACAGUAUUGUGAUUUCCUUUUAUGUAAAAGGGGCUUCCUGUACUGUCUCGUAUUUAGUGCCUUGUAUCUUUUGCCCCACAUUCCUGACCCCUCAACUAUAAAAAUGGACCAUAUUUUCUCUUGUAAUUUUGAACACGAACAUCUAAUCAUUAAUGUGGAGUUAUUCUGUCAAAGGGCCCAAUUGUUUUUGUACGUUAAUAUUGUGAACCUGUGCUGUCCAUGUGGAAUUUUGGCACUGUAUGAUUUGUGUUUUAACAAAAUCGUCCAGCUCUGAAGAACAGAAAUUCUUGUAAUUGAUCAGAUGUUAAAUUAUGUUUGAAUCUUUGUGGGACAGUGCAGUUGUGAAUGUAAUGAAGCAGGUCUUCAGUUUAAUAAAUGUCUUGAUUUGUACAGGCAAGUCCUGUACUUCUCACACAAAAAAAUGCUCUAAAUGUUAAAGAGAACAGAAUGGUUUUUGUAAUGUCAGCCCUGAUUUUAUUCUCUUUUCUCUUAACCUCAUGGUCCGUGGCAAAGGAUUAACUGGAGUUACAGUAAUGUUGUUAGCAAACUUUAGGAUUGGGUUGAUGGGGGAAAAAAAAGGUUAUGAAUAAAAUAAUAGACAAAUGCAUGUAGAUUUUCAGUAGGCUUUUUGUAAGCUGUCAGUUGUUUCGAUUCUUGGUCAGACGCUUUCUGGAGUACACUUUGGUUGUUGAACACAGGAAAGAUAUAUUGACCUUGGAAAGAAUACAGUGCAGAUACACCAGAAUGCCGACUGGAAUCAAAUUAUAAGCAAACGAUACAUGCAUUUGGCUUUCAUUCCAAUACAUUUAGAUGAGUAGUAAUCUAGUCAAAGUUCUAAAAUGAUUAAAGAAUGAGUAGAUAUUUAUUUAUUGAUGGGGGAAAUUAAAGCUUUGUAAGGAUCUCAGGGUUUUCCAAUUGUUACAGGUUUCUAGAAGGGUGAAAGGCGUUGUCAUUCAUAGAUGAUUAUUGGAAAGAUGAUUAUUGGAAAGAAUACAGUGUGGAUACACCAGAAUAUUGACUGGAAUCAAGUUAUAAGCACAGGUUACAUGCAUUUGGCUUUCAUUUCAUUACUUCCAGAUGAGCAGUGAUCUAAUCAAGGUUCAAAAAUGAUUAAGGAAUCAGUAGAUAUUUAUUUAUUGAUCGGGGGACAUUAAAGCUCAGUAGGGAUGUUAGAAAAUAUUUAGAAAAUUAAUGCAACAUAGAAUCCAAAGCACAAAUGGUUAUUGAUGCAAAAGCUCUAACAAUACUUAAGGGAAUAACAGACUAGAUAUUUGAAAAAAAAAUUAUGGGAAAUCUCAGGGGAAUAGAGUUGUAACACACUGAGAAUUAAGGAAGCACAAGAGCAAAAUGGUAUCCUGUUGUGUAACUAUGAAAACAUUUUUCAGAAGAGAUGUUAGAAUGAGCCUUUGCUCCCCCUCCCAUCUACCUGUUAAGGUGGGCAUGAAAGAUUCCCACAGCAGUGUUCUUAAAAGGACUGUAGAGUUCUGCAGUUGUCUUUGAUGAUUUUAAUUAUCAACACCAAAAUCAAAUCAGCUGGUCACUUAUCCCAUUUGUCAUCUGUGAAUCCUUGCCCUGCACCUUCCAGUUCUCCCCAGCUUAUGACAGGAUUCCAUUCCUGUGGACUGCUCAGAACACAAACAGUUCACAAGUCAGAAAUGCGGCAGAAGGUGACCGCAGCCCCAUAGCAGCUGGCAAUUCCAUCCCGCCGGUCUCCCCAACACUAGUUCAUAUGUAUGGGCUGUACAUAAGUCGGACGUUCGUAAGCUUGCCAAGACCUCAAUUAGUUGUCAUAUUUGCUUGCAAAAUAACGGUUAAAUGCUAUGCAAGUACAGUCAAGUUCUAUGGUUGUAAGAUUGCUGUUUUUAUUAAUUUUUUCAAAGUGGAAUCUAGUCAUUUUAAUUCUGUAACAACUUCAAUCAACAGUCUGCUUAUCAGGUGUUUCGCAAUAAUUUGUACCAGAAUAUGUAUGAAAUUCUGCGUCAAGACCAAAAUGUCGGUGCAUUCCAUAAUACCAGAGCAUUUGCUUGUCACUGUGGAAGGUCAGUUUGCUGAAUGGCAUCAGUAAACUUUGGGCAAUUUUUGGAAGAACAGUUUCUUUUGCUUACCUUUGGCUAUACAAACAUUGAUGUACAAAUGACUCCAGUGACUGAAGCAUUGUACUUAUAAUGUUGGGAACUUCAGCUUCUAUUUUGUUGUAUUUGUAAGUUAUAGGCCCUCUUUCAGCAAUGCAUUUACCUAUAAAACAAAUGUCUUAAACUUGAUCUGUUGUGUUCAGUACUCAGAGAAAUAGGAAAAAUUAUACAUCCUUUAUAGUUUUUAUUCUGCAUUCUUUAAACAAGUAAACUAGGGGACAGGUGAAUGUAUUUGCUUACUUCAUUUAAUGUUACUUUGAUUUUCAAAAUCUGUUUAAAUUUUUGAAGCCAACUUAAUUUCUCAACUUAAUAGUUAUGAGGCAUUUGAAUUUAUAUGCUUUUGGAAUAUGUAGUUUUUCCUCAUUUAAACAUUUAUUAAUUCAUUUUUACAUAUUGUAACAACAAUCUUAAUAAAAUUUAAUUUUA